UUUUUUUUUUCUUUUUUGACAGAACUUUUAAAUCACUCUUACUUUAUUAUAAAAGAAAAGAAAGAUGUCUGCUGCUGCCCUGAAGAUGAUCAAUCCCAACUCGGAUGUAGCUCGACGUGGUCAAGCUCUCCAACUCAAUAUUACUGCUGCAAUUGGUUUACAAGAUGUUUUAAAGUCUAAUUUAGGCCCAAGAGGAACAAUCAAAAUGUUAGUUGAUGGUGCUGGUGCAAUUAAACUUACAAAGGAUGGUAAAGUUUUAUUAAGUGAAAUGCAAAUUCAACAUCCUACAGCUGCCAUGAUUGCAAAAGCUGCUACAGCACAAGAUGAAAUUACAGGCGAUGGUACUACUUCAAUUGUUUUAUUAGUGGGUGAACUUCUUAAGCAGGCCGAACGUUAUAUUUCUGAAGGCCUUCAUCCUCGUGUGAUUACAGAAGGUUAUGAUUUAGCAAAGAAGGAGGCCCUUAAGUUUUUGGAGGCAUUCAAAACAGUUCAACCUGAAAUUGAUCGUGAAUUACUUGUUUCAGUAGCUCGUUCAUCACUUCGCACUAAAGUUCACCGUGCCUUAGCUGAUACCUUAACUGAAGCAGUUGUUGAUGCUGUUUUAGCUAUUCGUCGUGAAGGAGAGCCUAUUGAUCUUCACAUGGUAGAAAUCAUGAAGAUGCAACAUCGUUCUGAAACUGAAUCAAGAUUAAUUCGUGGUCUUGUCUUGGAUCAUGGUGCACGUCAUCCAGAUAUGCCCAAGAAAGUGAAAGAUGCCUUUGUAUUGACCUUGAAUGUCAGUCUUGAAUAUGAGAAAUCCGAAAUUAAUUCAGGAUUCUUUUAUUCUACACCUGAACAAAGAGAUAAAUUAGUUGAGAGUGAACGUAAGCAUGUAGAUGAUAAAGUUCGUCGUUUAGUUGAAUUCAAAAAUGAAGUCUGUAGCGGUGAGCAUGCUAAUCGUGGCUUUGUUAUUAUUAAUCAAAAGGGUAUUGAUCCUCUUUCACUUGAUAUGUUGGCCAAGAAUGGUAUCUUGGCCCUUCGUAGAGCCAAGAGAAGAAAUAUGGAACGUCUUCAAUUAUGCUGUGGUGGUAUUGCACAAAACUCAGUUGAUGAUUUGACCCCAGAUGUACUUGGUUAUGCUGGUAAUGUUUAUGAACAAGUCUUGGGUGAAGAUAAAUUUACUUUUGUUGAAGAAGUGAAAGAUCCUUAUAGUGUUACUAUCUUAAUUAAGGGUCCUAACCCUCAUACUCUUGCACAAAUAAAUGAUGCCGUUCGAGAUGGUCUUCGUGCUGUUAAAAAUGCUAUUGAAGAUCAAGCCGUUGUUGCUGGUGGUGGUGCUUUCCAAGUGGCUCUUGCUCAACACUUGACACAAAAAUUCAAAAAAGAAGUUAAAGGACGUGCAAAGAUGGGUGUUCAAGCAUUUGCUGAUGCCAUGAUGGUUAUUCCUAAAGUUCUUGCACAAAAUGCAGGUUUUGAUGCACAAGAUGUAAUUGUUGCCUUACAAGAUGAACAAAUGGAAGGACAUAUUGUUGGUGUUGAUUUGAAGACAGGAGAAACAAUGGAUCCUAAGCUUGAAGGUGUUUGGGAUAAUUAUCGUGUUCAUCGUCAUAUGCUUCAUUCAUGUUCUGUUAUUGCAAGCAAUCUUUUAUUAGUUGAUGAGAUUAUGCGUGCUGGCAGAACUUCAUUGAAAGCACCUCAAAUUGGGGAAUAAAGUAGAUAUUUAAAUAAAUCGUAUAAAUUACAAAUACAUAUAAAAAGAAUGAUAUGAUUGUAAUAUAAA